GUGGAUUAAUUUGGUCCAGACGUCGCCUCAUCUCCCAGAGGUCAUCCUUGGAGACUCUGGAAGAUAUUGAGGAGAAUGCCCCUCUACGGAGAUGUCGAACUCUCUCAGGUUCGCCCAGACCAAAGAACUUUAAGAAGAUUCAUUUUAUCAAGAACAUGCGGCAGCACGAUACCAGGAAUGGCAGAAUAGUCCUUAUCAGUGGCAGAAGAUCCUUCUGUAGUAUAUUUUCAGUGCUGCCCUAUCGUGACAGUGCCCAAGUUGGGGACUUGAAGUUGGAUGGAGGGAAGCAGUCCACAGGUGCUGUGAGCUUGAAAGAGAUUAUUGGCCUUGAAGGUGUGGAGCUGGGAGCUGACGGGAAGACUGUUUCUUACACCCAAUUUCUGUUACCCACAAAUGCCUUUGGAGCCCGGAGAAAUACCAUAGACUCCACCUCCUCCUUCUCCCAGUUCCGUAACCUGAGCCACCGCAGCCUCUCCAUAGGACGCGCAAGCAGCACCCAGGGGAGCCUGGACACAGGUAGCGACCUGGGAGACUUUAUGGACUAUGACCCAAAUCUCCUGGAUGACCCCCAGUGGCCUUGUGGCAAGCACAAACGAGUUCUGAUCUUUCCUUCGUACAUGACCACAGUAAUCGACUACGUGAAGCCCUCAGAUCUCAAGAAGGACAUGAAUGAGACCUUCAAGGAGAAGUUUCCUCACAUUAAGUUAACGCUCAGCAAAAUAAGGAGUCUGAAGCGAGAGAUGCGGAAGCUUGCCCAGGAGGACUGUGGCUUCGAGGAGCCCACAGUGGCCAUGGCCUUUGUCUAUUUUGAGAAGCUCGCCCUCAAGGGAAAGCUAAACAAACAGAACCGGAAGCUUUGUGCUGGAGCAUGUGUACUAUUAGCAGCCAAAAUCGGAAGUGACCUGAAAAAGCAUGAAGUGAAGCAUUUAAUUGACAAACUGGAAGAGAAGUUCCGGCUAAAUAGACGAGAACUGAUUGCCUUUGAAUUCCCAGUGUUAGUGGCCUUGGAGUUUGCUCUUCAUCUGCCGGAGCAUGAAGUCAUGCCCCAUUACAGACGCCUAAUCCAGAGCUCCUAGCACAGGCCCCAAGGAGGGCUAGGGCCCACUUCCUCGGAGCUCGUGGAACAGCACUUACUACUGGAAAUGCAAAAACAGAACUCAACAUACCAACCUUUUUUCCUCCCAACAUGUUUUUGAGUAGAAGCAGUACCGGAAACUCUUCAGGGAGUCCUGGUGAGCCGGGAUGAGCCGUGAGCGGUUUAUUACGCAGCAGGGAAAGGGGAGACCUGUGUGGAAGGUGGCAGAAGGCCUUUUGGCUUUCCCCUGGCAAGACUUCCCAGCUGUCCCCACGCUGGUGUUCUUCCCGGGCACAUACAAACCUCGCAAGCAUGGUCCAGGGGGCCUCCCCUCCAGACCUGGUCCAACUUAGGAGUGCAAAGUUCUAGAGCAGAGUGGGGAAGAGAAUUUGCAGCAGCCAGGGAGGAGCUUUUAAAAGAUACCCUCACUGUGUCAAGAGAGUGUGCCAAUCUAUUUGUGUGUCCACUCUUGGAAGUGCACUCCCACGCCCCCCCCCCCAAACCCGGGGCACGCAAGGGGGAGAAUGUGUGUGUCUGAGAGAUUCCAUGUCAGCCCUCCUCGGCCCCCAAAGCCAGUCCCGGCCACCACAGAGCAGACCUCUGCCUGGGGUUCCUGAGCCAGCCUGACCUUCGGCAGUUAGUUCUACAUAAUCUUUGGGUUCCGCCAUCCUCCCUCCCUCCGCAACAGAUGGUCUGACAUCCUCUGCCCUCAGAAAAUGCCAGAGUUUCGGUUACUGCUCCUGCCACCAACGGGACAAAGAAGACGGGUUCUCGGUGUCGGCCGGGGCACGUGGAAGGGUGUGGCCUGCGGUGCUCUGCCUCUUCCCGCCGCCAGGCCAUGUGCGCACAUUUGACCUCCGCCCUUUGCCCGCGCUGGAGCCGGCCGGGGCUGCGCUCCAUGGUGUGUAUUCCUGUGCUCUACGUUAGAGUGCGUAAUAAGCACGUUGAUUGUGCUCGCUCUGUAUAAAUAUUUUCUAAAAAUCCAGAGUAGGUGUAAGCUGCAUGACUGGUGUUUGGAGGCUUCUGACAGCUGGGACACACUGCAGCUGGAGUUGAGGUUCGGUCAACUGGAGAGGCAGGGGCUGCUCAUGGCCCCGUACAGCGGUCUGUGCAGAAUUUCAGCUGUGACUUGCCCCAGCUGGCCGGGACGACCCGUACUAAAGGCCAUAAAGGCCAUCGCCACACCCAGCACCUCGCAGCCACAAGGUGGGUGGGGGGGGGGGGCUGCUGGAGUUCUGACAGGAGGAGGCCUGGGGCCAUGUAAAAAGAGAAUUAAAAUACUUUGUUUCUAUA